ACGUACACCAUCGAACAUUCUCUGCUGUUCUGUGCUUAGCCUCGCAAUCGGGCGGAACGAUAAGGCGUUGCCUCUCCCGCUGAGGAAUAACGAUGGUGACGUUGGCUUCCGCCGCCAACGCCAUGACCACAACCUUACGGUCAUCGGCGCCGAAAUCCAACCAUCUCUCCGAGGCAUCGUGCUGUGCUCUUCUUCCUUCGACGGAUGUUAGUGCUGGUGUGAGGAGGCAGAGGAGGAGAGCUUGGCCCUUCAGCAUCAGGGCGAAGCUAAGCGGCGGAGGAGAGAACCCUUUGCAGUACCGGAAGCUCGGCGAUUCCGAUCUUCACAUUAGCGAAAUCACGCUGGGAACCAUGACAUUUGGGGAGCAGAAUACAGAGAAGGAGGCCCACGAUCAGCUCAGUUAUGCAUUCUUGCAUGGCAUCAAUGCCUUGGAUACGGCGGAGAUGUAUCCAGUGCCACCAAGAAAGGAGACACAAGGAAGGACGGAUCUUUAUAUAGGUAGCUGGAUGAAGUCUAAACCUCGUGAUAAGGUAAUAUUGGCUACUAAAGUUUCUGGAUACUCUGAGCGAUCAAGUUAUCAACGAGAAAAUGCAAAAGUUUUGCGUGUUGAUUCUGCUAACAUAAGAGAGAGUGUGGAGAAGAGCCUUAAGCGGCUGUCAACUGACUACAUUGAUUUACUUCAGAUACACUGGCCAGAUCGCUAUGUACCAUUAUUUGGUGAGUUGACAUAUGAUUCUACAAAAUGGAGGGCGAGUGUGCCAUUUAUUGAACAGCUUCAGGCCUUCCAGGAGCUUAUAGAUGAAGGGAAGGUGCGUUAUAUAGGAGUUUCUAAUGAAACUUCUUAUGGAGUAAUGGAGUUUGUGCACGCUGCAAAAGUUGGGGGGCUUCCGAAAAUUGUCAGCAUUCAAAACAGCUAUAGUUUGCUUGCUAGGUGCCGAUUUGAAGUUGAUCUUGUGGAGGUAUGCCAUCCAAAAAACUGCAACAUUGGGCUUCUUGCAUACUCCCCACUGGGUGGUGGUACACUCAGUGGUAAGUAUUUAGAUACCAACUCUGAAGCUGCUAAAAGUGGCAGGCUAAAUUUAUUUCCCGGGUAUAUGGAGAGAUAUAAUAGAUCAUUAGCAAAGGUGGCAACUGAAAAAUACAUUGAGCUUGCCAAGAAGCAUGGCCUUAGCCCUGUCCAACUCGCACUUGGGUUUGUGCGUGACCGCCCCUUCAUGACCAGUACAAUUAUUGGUUCAACCAACAUGGAUCAGCUGAAAGAGGAUAUCGAUGCAUUCAGUACAGCACCACGGCCCUUGCCACCCGAAGUUGUAGAUGAGAUUGAGCGUAUUUUCAAAAUUUACAAGGACCCAGCAAUUGUUUGAGUUGGUGUCGCCUAAUAAUCUUCUUUGAACUACCUCGAACUGGCAACCUUGUUUUUCAACAUACUGAAUGAUCAAGCAAACCAUGAAAAAGUAAUUUUAUCAUUUAGAUACCAUGCAUCUGCAAUAAACGAGAAUAAAUCUCUGGCUGUGUUCCGAAAGAAGAAAAUUGAUUUGUGUCGGAAGUUUUUGUGAUGAAACUGCCUUGAUUUUGU